AUGGCUCGAGAUCGAAAUGCUGCCCAGCAGGGCAUAGCAACACUGCUCGGCAAGCUCAAUGAUCCUGAUCCUGACAUCAGGUUCAUGCAAUUGAGCGACCUUGCAACCAUUCUCAAUGGUCCUUCUUCCGAGUACAUUAGGAAUGACUCUCACACCGCUGCUCGUCUCAUCGAGGGACUGCUGAAAGCACUGUCAGACCAACAUGGCGAAGUGCAAAACCAGGCAUUGAAGUGCAUCGGUCCCCUUGCAAUGCGCACCCCUGGCGAUAUCAUUGCCCCUCUGAUCGACAAGUUGACAGACCUUACAACUAGCGAUAUUGACAUCUCGAUACCGAACACUGCCUUGCGUACCCUGAUCGCCGCUUUGCCCCAGCCGCAUACCGCAGGACCUGUCCCCUCAGAGGUCAGGGACGCAUACAAUGCAGUUAGCAAGGUCUUGAUACCCAGGCUUGUGGGCCGUGUUGUUAUUCCGCAGAACAAGCCGCCUCCCCAGUUGCCUACUGGGCUAUUACAGAAACAGAAAGACAAAGGCUACAGCAGUGACGCAGUCGAUGUCAUGAUAGAAAUCGUCAAAUGCUAUGGUUCGCUGCUACAAGCUCCUGAACUCGAGGAACUUGCCAAGUCUGUGAUGGCUAUAAUCGAAAGCCCUCAAGCUGGAGGUGUGGUCAAGAAGCGAGCACUCGCUGGAAUUGGCGCUCUUUUGAUCCACUUCAACGAUGCGCAGGUCAACUCAUUUGUCCAGGCGUUAACAAAAAGCUUCCAGAUUUCCCAAAUCAAUACCGAGCAUCGCAGAUUUCUGACCGCUACGAUUGGGACUUUAGCCCGUUCAAGUCCAGGAAAAUUCGGGCCCUACGUGCCUCAGCUACUACCAUUUGUACUUGAUGUUCUAAGUCAGGAAGAGCUAUCAGCAUCAGCCGAGCUGUCCGAUGAGGAGGCAGAGGUAGACCCAGAGAUUGAGGAGCUGCGCGAGACCGCUCUGAUUGCCCUAGAGGCACUACUAGGUUCAUGUCCAGUAGAGAUGAAGAAUUACUUGGACUCUGCUAUAAGUGCAGCUUUGAGAUAUCUCAAAUAUGAUCCAAAUGUUGCAGACACUGAAGAUGACGAAAUGGGCGGAACACAAGAAAGCAACUCUGACGAUGGGAUUACGGAAGAUCCUCCUGACGAUGAUGACGACGAUGAUGAAUACGCUGAACUCGACGACGACGACGCUUUCAGCGACGUGGAUGAUUUGAGUUGGAAGGUCCGACGAUGUGCUGCUAAAGCACUGUAUACUAUUGUUGCUGGCGUUUCAGCUGCUGAUCGAGCGACUUUGUUUGGCAAAAUUGCUCCUGUUCUUAUCAGCCGACUAUUUAAUGAGCGGGAGGACAGUGUGCGACUUGAAGUCAUCUUUACUACCACAGCCUUGAUUCGUAAAACAGGUUCGGGAUUGACACAUGCCAUCUCUCGUCGAGACUCCUCAGAAAACCCGGCUGCUCCUACCAACACUCGAAAGCGAAGACGCCAGGAUAGUGAGGCGGACCGAAAGGACCCAGACUUGAAAGGCUUAAUAGCUAGCCGUUCUAGCCCUCCGAUUCUGCCUGCAGCUCCUCCAACUGGCUCUCAAGCGGAGCUCCUCGGUCUCGUCCCUAAAAUCGUCCAAGCCCUGACGAAAUUAUGGAAGAAGGCAACUGUCUCUUUAAAGCAAGCCGUGAUCGUCAUGCUCAAGACGCUCACAUUAGCUCGGAACGGAAUCUUGUCGGAUCACCUACAACAGUUGGAAGAUCCCAUUGCCGAUGCACUCAAACAUACAUCUCCCACUGGAACGGGAAGCGCAGUAUCAGGUGCUUCAGCUACUGUUGCCAGCCUACAAAUCGAAAGUUUAAAUCUCAUAAGUGCGAUUACCGAGACCAAUGAGACCUCGGUCUUAAUCCCUUUUGUCAUUGCGUUGAUCCCGCCCGUCACCGCAAUUGCCCAUGAGAAAAAUUACAAAGUCUCCAGUGAAGCACUGUCAACUAUCGAGCAAUUCGUGAAGGCUCUCACCCCUCCUCGACUACCUUCAACCAAUCAAGAUCAUGCAAUUCAUAUCGAGAAGUUGUGGCAUGUUAUUGUUGAUCGAGUCACCGACAACAAUACAGACCUCGAAGUCCGACAUCGUGCCAUUCAAGUCUUCGGAGUGUUGAUCGCGAGGACUUCGUCUACACAGCUCCUCCCAAGCCAGGCUAGAACCAAGAGUUUGGGUAUUCUCAGCGAUAGAUUGAAGAAUGAGACUACUCGAUUGGCUAGCGCGAGAGCGAUAGGCCUGAUUGGCGAGGCUGCCAGCAGCCAUGAUAAUAUCGGGUCUGCAUGGAUCCAAGAGGUCUCACUCGAGAUGGCAAAUCAACUUCGCAAGGCAGAUCGCGCUCUUCGUGCUUCAUGCCUCGAGUCACUACAGUAUUUGGCGUUGAACCCGGUUACGUCGGCGCAGUAUGAGACGAACACGAUCGUGAUCCUACAGACCCUGCUCCUCCCGCUUGUGUCUGGGACUGAUCUUCAUCUCCUGACGCCUGCCUUGGUAAUCUUCUCCAAGAUUAUUCCGACCAAUCCAGCUGCUCUCGUCAAUGAUGAUAUCGUUGCUGCUCUUUGUGGCAUUACACAAGCCCGGCUUGAAGGUCCUCCGUUGCGGGCUUAUCUACUUGUCGUUAAAGUGAUCGGUGAACAAGGAGCCGGCGCACCCCUGAUGAAAGGCCUUUUGACUGUAGGCACUGCUGGCGAAACUAUCGUUCUCGGCAGAGCAAUCGGAACCCUGCUGGUCUACGGUGGCAAUAAUCUCGGCGUCACUGUUCCAGAUUUCCUCAAGGAGCUGGAGGCAUCCCAAGACAUCCGUGCUAUAUGUCUCGCUCUAACCGUCCUUGGAGAAGUUGGCUUCCGAACUGGAGCUGCUUCACCUGUCAAGGUCGACGUUUUCGUUAAAUGUCUCGGUGCUGAGUCUGACAAAGUCCGACUCUCUGCUGCAGUUGCUCUUGGAAGUGCAAGUUCGAACAAUGUUGUAGAGUGUUUGCCAAUCAUCUUAGGCAGCUUGACUCAAUCCCCAGCCCAAGACUAUCUAUAUCUGCAUUCAUUGAAGGAGAUUCUGGAGCACUCAGAGAGUUCGUUUGCUGACAUGGUUCCAUAUCUGUCAGAACUAUGGCAGAAAUUGUUUGCAGCAUCACAAGCAGAGGACAAUAGUGCAGUUGGUGCAGAGUGCAUUGGACGCCUUGCCACCAUUGAUCCAGUCUCGUAUGUCCCUGAGCUGUCGAAGUCGUUGGAGGACUCAAAUCCUGAAGUCCGUGGCACGGUUAUUUCUGCUUUCCGCUUCACUUUGGGUGAUGCAGGUACCUCUUACAACGCCAUUCUUGCGAAGACGAUGGUACCAAUGCUCAAGACAAUGCUCAGUGAUGUCGACAUCUCGAAUCGACGCCUUGCGGUCACGACACUUAAUGCGGCGAUUCACAACAAGCCUGAACUCAUUAUCCCGGAAAUCAGCCAUCUCCUCCCAACGGUGUUGGACGACUCGCGUGUCAAGCCUGAGCUCAUCAAGGUCAUCAAGAUUGGACCGUUUACACACAAUGAAGAUGGCGGCCUGGAUCUUCGCAAGUCUUCUUAUGCAACCCUGUACGCUCUUCUUGAUAACCCUGAGGCAAUCCCACAUCUCCCUAUUUCAAAGGUCUUCGACCGAAUUCUCGACGGCAUCCCUGAUGACCAUGAUAUUCGCAUACUAUGCAAUUUGAUGCUCAGUCGGCUGUCCACUAUCGAUCGAGAUGAAAGCCGACGCCGCCUAUCACCACUUGCCGAAAAAUUCCGCAUCGUACUUGGAGCCAAGAUCAAGGAAAAUGCUGUCAAGCAGGAGAUCGAGAAGGUCAAUGAGGCCAAUGCGGCAGUGAUCCGGACUACACUAGAAUUGGAUCGCAAAUUCCCAUCAGCAGCCACCGACGGAUCUGGGGAGAUGAUCCAAUGGAAGGGAUACAUCGAGUUUGUGAAGAAGGAAUUCGCACAAGUGGUCCGGAACGUUCUUGCUGAAAGUGCGUAA